GAGCAAAGAUAGAGCGGCUCUAGCAGACGCAUUUACGUGUUUGGAAUUUGAGCAUUUUAUCUGAUUUUAUUCUGAUUUUGUUCACAUUAUAAACAAAGAUCACGUAAAUGUCGUUAGUAUCAAAAGCAACAUUUGCACUAAGCUGCAUUUCAACAGUCAGCAUUGUUUUCUAUGUGCAUUAUAGACAACAACUCGACAAGGAGCAAAUCCACUUGGGUGUAAUUCGAGAUCAGGAGCGCCAGGAACUACGAAAGAAAGAGAAUCUUUAUUUGCUACAACAGCAAAUUGCACUUGGCGAUGAAUUAAGAAAAGAACAACUAAAAAAUAGUUAACUACUUUUUUUGCCACUUCAAAUAUUUUUUUA